GAGUGGAAAACAUUGUAUAUAAGACGACAUAGAUAUGAACGUCGCUAUCCGAUUGCUAGCUAUUAUUUUCGGCUUAAUUGUAUCAAUAAGGGCUGCCCCGAUCCUUGUUAAUGCGGGGCCGGCAAGAAGAGAACACCACAAACUAUUACUCAUAUCGUUUGACGCUCUCAAAUGGAGCUACUUCGAUCGUGCAAAAGAAAUGCCUGGUUUCAAAUUCUUGUCGGAAAACGGAGUUCGCGCGGAAUAUAUGAAACCUGCAUUUCCUUCUCACACGUCUCCAUGCCACACUACGAUUGCAACAGGUCUAUAUCCUGAAAGUCACGGCGUUGUUCAUAACUGUGUUUACGAUCAUCACAAUGACAGCACAGGGCAAACCGACUUCUACGGAGCUUUAGCUGUGAAUGAUUGGUGGGACAAUGGCCAGGAACCGAUUUGGAUAACAGCAUCAUCACAGGGCUUGAAAAGCGGAGGAUACAUGUAUCCGGGAAGUAACGCCACCAAUGACGGUCGAACUGCGACAAGAUCAAUUCUUGAAUUAAGAACGACGUCUUACAACGAGGAAGCUUGGCGGAAACGAAUUGAUGACGUCAUGUCAUGGUUUAGUGACGAUGAUUUUGAUUUUAUCGCCCUCUAUUUUGAACAGCCAGAUGUCGAUAGUCAUUUAUGGGGGCCUGACUCUGACAGAGUUGAUGAUGUGACGUUACCUAUGGUUGAUCGCACGAUACAAUAUUUAUUCAACCAAAGUUACAACUAUGGUUUAUUUGAUGACUUGAAUAUUAUAAUUACAAGUGAUCACGGGAUGUUGAAUGUCAAUACCAGCGCUCGCGGUGACGAUACAAUUUCUCUGAUGAGAUAUGUAGAUCCAAGUUGGGUUUCGUUUCAACUCAGCUAUGGACCAUUGGGUCUGAUAGAACCUGUUCCAGAGAAUAAAACCGCUGUGUAUGAAGGACUGAAAGCUGGCAGUAAUCGAAUGGAAGUUUAUUACAAAGAAGAGAUCCCGGAAAGAUAUCACUAUAAAAACAACGAUAGAGUCCCGUCCAUUGUGAUAACGGCACAUCAUGGAUACGAUGUGUACAGGUAUUUUCCCGGAGCUCAUCCUAACCGUGGUGAUCAUGGUUUUGACAAUGAUUUCGAGGAUAUGAGAACGUCAUAUUUUAGCAUAGGGCCAUCUUUCAAGAAAGGCGUUACUGUCGAUGGGUUUGAAUCUGUGAAUAUUUAUCCGCUCAUGUGUCACUUACUCGGACUAACACCUGCACCAAACAACGGAUCACUUGAAGUUCUGUACCCAACCCUGGCAUCCGAUCCUGUCACAUCAACGCAGAGUGAUAUGACAACAAGCGGAGGCGUAUCAACUGUACAUUAUAACACAGUUAUUUUUUUCUCAUCGCUACUUUCUGUCCAUAUAUUUUCAUUUAUAUAAACAACACUAUGUCAGUUCGAAAGAAAUAAUUUAGACUCCUACAAAUUGGUGUAUAAUUCCAUUGGAGACCGUUGUACCGUUUUUCUUUGUCCGAAUAUUUUCAUUUAAAUAAAUCACACUAUAUCAAUUCUAGUAGAAAUAUUCAGACUCCUAUUUCAAAUUGAAUUACAAUUACAUUAAGAUCAUUAUCCGAGGUUAUCGUUCAUGUUAUGCAACCAGAAGAUGGCGCUGGUAACCGUAUUGGGCGAGUGUCCUAACUAACCCGAUACCAGGAUUUUGUCUGUAAACUUUUUUUUAUUGCAUUUAUAUAAAUCAAUCACACAAUAUCAGUUUUACUAGAAAUAUUCAGACUUCUAUUCCAAAUUGACCUAGAAUUACAUUAAAGAUCAUUAUCCGAGGUUACCGUUCAUGUUAGGCAACCCAGAUGAUGGCGCUUAUAACUGUAUCGAGCGAGUGUCAUAACUGACCAGAUAUCAAAGA